GCACAAACCGGAAGGCGGUGAGAAUCCUCUCCUCCGAAGGCGGUCAGAUAUCGAUAACCGUUUUUCGCAUUUUUCUCCUCACGAGCGUCGAGCAUCAGUUGAUUGCGAAAUUCCACGCCUGCAAAUCGCCACAAGAGCUCAAUUACCUCUUCUCGACCAACCGAGAACCACUUCUCUUCGAAUAACCUCCUCAGUCACCCCGGAUCCGUGACCCGCACCCCGCGCCUGUCCCUCCGCCCCUCCAACAACAUACACUCGUCACCCCACCAACCAAACUCACCACCCACCAUGCCCGCCUCCGUCCACUCCGAAGAACAAGACCAGUCCAUGCUGGACGCCUCCGCCCCCCAAGAGCAAGAGGAGCAGACCGAUGUUCUCGAGCUCGACGAGAAGCGCAUCGUCGUUUUGCCCGGCGCCUCUGACACAGCGGCCUCAUUCCAGUUCGAGGGAGAGGGCCAUACUCUGGGAAAUGCGCUGCGGUAUGCGAUUAUGAAGAACCCCGAAGUCGAAUUCUGCGGCUACACCAUCCCUCACCCUUCUGAAAUGAAGAUGAACUUGCGUAUUCAGACUUAUGACACAACCACCGCAACUGAAGCCCUGGAAAAGGGUCUUGAUACGCUCAUGGAUCUGUGUGAUGUUGUGACGGACAAGUUCACCACCUCGCGGGAUGCGUUCAAUGCUUCCCAGGCAGAUCGGAUGGAGGCGUAGGUGGAUAAAUAAAUAGAUGGUGGGGUCAUGUAUAUUUGUGGUUUGUGGCUUGUGUAUUGGUAUUAUGGGUUGGCGUUUGAUUAGAAAAGUAUACCUUUUUUUGCUUCUCCCUUUUGCUGUUGAGCUGAUUGCCAUGAGUGCUGAUGGGUUCCUUGAAAGAGGUGGACGGAUGAAUUGCAUACUUGGGUAUAGGUAUGUAUAGAUGGGGCCGGGUACGUAUUGAGGGGGUUUACUUACAGUAUAUUGCUGCUGUGUUGGGGCUUCGUAUGUAUCUGGUUAGGCUGUAUACGAUAGCUACUAGUGGUCUAACCUACACGGCAUAAACCUAUUGCAGUGCAAAUAACCGCACAUGCAUACAGCC